AUGGUGUACGUGCGCCAGGAAUACCUGCCGAACCUCAAGCAGUACAAGUACUCGUCCGUCGACCGCUCGCUCACGUCAAAGUACAUCCUCAAGCCCUUCUACACCAAUGUCGUCAUCCACUGCUUCCCCAUGUCCAUGGCCCCGAACCUGAUCACCCUCACCGGGUUCGCCUUUGUCGUCGCCAACUUCUUCACCCUGCUCUGGUACAACCCGACCCUCGACCAGAACUGCCCGCCCUGGGUCUACUACACGUGGGCCGCCGGCCUGUUCCUGUACCAGACCUUUGAUGCCGUCGAUGGCACACAGGCCCGACGCACCCGCCAGAGCGGCCCCCUGGGCGAGCUCUUCGACCACGGCGUCGACGCCCUCAACACGUCGCUCGAGGUGCUGCUCUUCGCCGGCAGCCAGAACAUGGGCCAGAGCUGGUACACGGUCGCCGUGCUCUUCGCCUCGCUGUGCACCUUCUACGUCCAGACCUGGGACGAGUACCACACCAAGACGUUGACGCUCGGCAUAGUGAACGGGCCCGUCGAGGGCGUGCUGAUCCUCGUCUUCGUCUACGCCCUGACCGGCUACAUGGGCGGCGCCUCCUUCUGGCAGCAGAGCAUGCUGGCCACCUUUGGUGUCCCCAGCUCCUGGGGCAUUCCCGAGUUCCUGUACCGCCUCAACUUCACCCAGUGGUACAUGGUCCAGGGCACCGUCGUGCUCGUCUUCAACACCGUCGAGAGCGCCCGCAACGUCAUCAAGGCCCGCCGCGCCCGCGGCGACCGUAGCCGCGGCGCCCUGCUCGGCCUCGUCCCCUUCUUCGGCACCUGGGUCCUCAUCGUCGCCUACCUGUGGCUGCAGCCCCUGAUCCGCACCGGCCAUCUGAUCCCCUUCGUCGUCUUCGCCGGCCUCGUCAACGCCUACUCCGUCGGCCAGAUGAUCACGGCCCACCUCGUCAAGCUCGACUUCCCCUACUGGAACGUGCUCACCGUGCCUUUGACAUGGGGCGUCAUCGACUCGCUGGGCCCGCUGCUGCAGUCCAAGCUCGGUUGGACGUUUGGCUGGCCCAGCGCUCUGGGUGACGACGUCUACCAGGUCGCCUUCAUGUUCUCCAUGCUCGGCAUGGCCAUCGGCGUCUACGGCAGCUUCGUCGUCGACGUCAUUGUCACCAUCUGCGACUACCUCGACAUCUGGUGCCUGACUAUCAAGCACCCGUACGUCGAGGGCGAGGACGACCAGGCCCAGAGCCAGCAGGUCCACAACCCGGCCGCCAACGGCAAGAAGACGAACUAA